GGAGGCGGCGGCGGCGUCCAGGGCGGCGGCAACGCCGCGGCCGCGAGCUACCACCAGCACCAGCAGCAUCAGCAGCAGCAGCAGAGCCAGCUCGAGCAGGCGGGCCUGCUGCCCGACCUGAACGGCGUCGACCUGGCCAUGAGUCUCUCGCCCAAGCAGCACGUCUCGCACGUGCAGGCCGGCGCCGGGGCUCACACGACCCCCUUCAGCGUGACCGACAUCCUCUCGCCCAUCGAGGAGUCCUAUCGCAAGCUGGAGCUGGCCGCGGCCGCGGCCGCCGUCGGCGUCGGCGUCGUCACGCACCCCCAGGGCUCGCCGUACGCGAACGCCUGCGGCGCCCGGGUCGGCGGCAACACCGGCAGCUCGAGCGCCAGCAGCGGCAGCCCCCCGCUCCACGGGGGCUCGACCCCCGGCGGCAGCACCCCGGGGCCCGGGUCCGCGGCGAACGGCGCCGGUGGCGGCGGCGGCGCCGGCGGGGCCGCCGCCGGUGGUGGUGGUGGUGGUGGUGGUGGAAUGAGUGCGAUGGGCAAUCCUUACGCGACCAUGCAGCUGACCUCGCAGUACCAGUACUGCGCCGCGGAGCUCUCCCCGUACCACCAUGCCGGGCCCGGGGUCGGCGGCGGCGCCUCCGCCUCGGACCCCAUGCGCUCCCACGCCGUCUCGUCGCAUCACCAUCCCUGGUACGCGCCCGCCCCGCCGACCACCAACGACCCGAGGUUUGCCAUCUCGCGGUUGAUGGGUGCCGCCGCGGCGGGCGCCGGGACCAACAUGGCCGGCUGCUCGGUGGGCCAGUCGAUGGGCGACGUGACCAAGUCCUCGGGCAUGGGCGUAGGCGUCGGCGUCGGCGUGGGCGUCGGCAUGGGCGUCGGGGCGAUGCAGUUCCCCCUGGCGCAGCGGCGGAAGCGACGAGUCCUCUUCACCCAGGCGCAGGUCUACGAGCUGGAGAGGCGGUUCAAGCAGCAGAAGUACCUCAGCGCCCCGGAACGCGAGCACCUUGCCUCCCUCAUACACCUAACGCCCACCCAGGUGAAGAUCUGGUUCCAGAAUCACCGGUACAAGUGCAAGCGACAAGCCAAAGAGAAGGCGAUGGCUGAGCAAAACGCGCAGAACCAGAGUGCGAGCUCGCCCCGUCGCGUGGCGGUGCCGGUGCUGGUGAAGGACGGCAAGCCCUGCGGAAGCGGAGGCGGCGGGGGUAACGAAGGCAGCCGCGGGGGCCCGAGCGCGGCCCUGGCUAGCCCCGCGCCCCACAUGACGGCCGCAUCCAGCCCCCACGGGUCCCACCACGCGGCCGCGGUCUCCCACCACUCCGUGGUCGGGGUCAGCCACGUGAUGACCUCCAGCCAGAGUCUGCAGCACUGUUCGUACGCAAGGACCGGUGGCCAGCAGGGCAUGCAGCAGCAGCAGCAGCCCCAGUGCAGCGCGUACCUGCCGCUCCAGGGUCGGGCCUGGUAG